AUGGGCCGACCAAUCUGGCGCGAACCUACCGAAAAGCGCACGGCCGAUGCUGCCCUUGAACCUCGUCGCGAAGCCGUCGUCCGUCGCUCUGCCGGCAUUCGCCCUCGAGUCCGCGGCUCAGACCGCUCCUCGGGUACCCUAUUCAAUCUCCUACGUAGCGAUUACGCCCUCGAAAACCUAAAUACGGGUCCCGCCAGAUGGAGCGACAACGCGAGCUUACUCGCGGCUCAGCGUGGCGGCAGAAGAGGCCUUGGCAGGUCUGAGACGCUGCGCCCUCAGCUGAAUCGCUCAGUGGCGACUGGCGAGGAGGUCUACACGCCGUGGUUCCCGCCCGCUGGUGAUCGUGAGCUGGCAAUGCAGCGCAGGGAAGAGAUGGAGCGCAUAAGAGAGGAUAACGAGAGACGUAGGCUGUUGGAAAGGCUGGAUAGGGAGCGCGAGCGGGAGCACGAGAGGGUGGCGCGCCUGACCGAGGAAUUUAUACCGGAUGAUAUGUCGUGGUUCGGGCUUCCACUGUCGGCGCGUCAGAGAUACGUCGCCAGCCUCAUUGACGAAGGCCGCCGACCCGAGCCCUCAUCAAACGCGACCCGCGAGAUUCACUUGCCGCGCUUCGAUAUUGACGGCUUGGGUGAUCGGGAGCGCUCUCUCAGUCCUGAUGCAAAUCAGUGGGAGCUCAUGGCCGAACUCGGGUAUCCAGGCUGUGAACAGGAUAGCGAAGACAGCGAGGACGAUGAGCACAACCUCAUGGACGCUCUUGGGACCCUGGAAGGAGAGGUGGAGAGGGAUAGGUCUGAGAUGGAUAGGUUGAGAAGAGUGGCCAACAUGUUUGCAGCGCAUAACAGGGACAUUGACAGGCUGGUUGAAAGAUUGUAA